AACAGGCGCCUGCGAAAUCAGCGGUAUUCUGACGUGAAAACCAUGGUGAAAACACGUGCAAUAACGUGCAAGAGGAAGAACGUGAAAAACUGCAAAUUCAUCUGUGGAACUUGUCAAGCUUAUUCUGCGAAUAUUUCUUGCUGUAAAUUUGUGAUCGGGUAAUUGUUUUGGGUGUAACACUAUGUUAACAACCAUUACAGAGCCAGUAGAAGGGGUAUGUCAUGUUCAAAAGCAAACACAAGCGUUUCUUGCCGAAAGAUGUCUUGGAAAAGGAGCCCUUUACGUUACUGAAGACAACCUGUCAUGGUGUGAUGAUUCAACAGGUCAAGGUUUCUCUCUAGAGUAUCCUUCUAUAUCUCUUCAUGCUGUUUCUAAGGAUACUGCACAUUUUCCCCAUGAGUGUGUGUUUUGUAUGGUUGAGGGAGUAUUCAAAGAUGAAAUUGAAGGAAAUGAAGAUAGUGAACUUGAAGAAGAUGAUCCUCCUGCAGCUGAACUAAGAUUUGUCCCAGAUGAUAAAUCAACAUUAAAUGAUAUCUAUGCUGCUAUAUGUGAAUGUCAACUAUUACAUCCAGAUGAACAAGAACAAUUAGAAGAUGAAAUGGCAGGAUAUCCACCAGACUAUGGGGAAGAAUAUUACACAAGUGAAGAUGCUGCUAAUGCUAGCUUAACUGAAGAGGGCCAGGCAACACUGGAGAGACUUGAAAACGUUUUUCAAAUACAAUCUCAACAAGACUUUGUAGACAUGACGAAUCGAACCAACGGGGCGGUAAAUGGUCAUGAGAAGACUGAAAAUGGACAGUUUGAUGACAUGGAUGAUUAAGAACAUCGAUAAAACCUUAAACCUCACGGAACAUGUCUGAAAACAAAGCUGCUAUCUAACAUGCAUGACCUUGUUACUUAUAUACAGUAAACCGUCUUGUAUCUUGGUAGAUAAACUAAAUAACAGAAAACAAUA